AUGAAUUGCCCAUCUCGAACCGAACCCGAGAUCGAUCCCAGCUGGAAUCAGAAUCCCAACUCCAUGGCCUCCGACCUCACCACCCGGAGCGAUUUGGGAAAAAUGGCCAGCGCCCGCCGUCGACAAGAUCACAAAUUAGACAAAGUCGACCAGACCAAAAUCGAAUUGAUUCCCAUCUCCGACCACGACGGCCACGCCUCUUCCAGCUCCUGCGAUGGACCCAAGAGCUCCAUCGCCAAACCGGGGGAAACGGCACCAGCAUCAUCACCGCCACCGACAUGCUGGCGCAAACGCUGCAAUACAGCAACAGCAAUAGCCACACGAGCAGCACACUGCACUCGUCGUCCGGCCUGUCUCUCCUUCGUGGGUCCCGGGUUCAUGAUCGCCGUCGCCUAUAUCGACCCGGGCAACUACGCGACGGACGCAGCAGCCGGCGCUUCGUACCAGUACAAGCUCCUGUUCAUGAUCCUGCUGUCCAAUAUCUUCGCCAUCUUCCUGCAGUCCCUGUGCAUCAAGCUGAGCAGUGUCACCGGCCUGAACCUGGCGGAGAUGAACAAGGCCCAUACGCCCCGCUGGCUGAAUUAUGUGCUGUGGCUGUUUGGCGAGGCGGCUGUCAUUGCGACGGACAUCGCCGAGGUGAUUGGAUUCGCCAUUGCGUUGAAUUUGUUGGCGCCGGCCGUGCCUCUUGUGGUAGGAUGUGCGAUCUCGAUUUUGGAUGUCAUGUUCAUUUUGAUGUUUUAUCGACCUGAUGGUGGGAUGAAGAUGUUAAGGGUGUUUGAGGGAUUCAUUAUGGUCUUGGUCAUGGGAGUGGCGGUGUGCUUCUGUUAUCAGCUCUCGUUGAUUCAUGUCGACGAAGUGUCAGAAGUGUUCCGCGGGUUUCUGCCUUCGAGCGCGUUGAUUCAGAGUCAAGGUCUCUAUCAAGCAUGCGGCAUUCUCGGUGCUACUGUCAUGCCUCAUUCUCUCUACCUCGGCAGCGGCCUCAACCAACCACGCCUCAGGGAGUACGACAUCCGCCACCACCACUAUCCGAAUCCCGCCAACAUUUCCCACGACGAAGAUGAUUCUAUCCACCUCGAGAAAUACCGCCCCUCCCUCUCCGCCAUCCAACACUGCAUGAAGAUGUCCAUCUGGGAGCUCGGCAUCUCCCUCUUCACCUUCGCGCUGUUCAUCAACAGCGCCAUCCUGAUCGUCUGCGGCGCCUCCCUCUAUAGCGUGGACGGCGCCGACGCCGCCGACCUCUUCCAAAUCUACGACCUCCUCCAACAACAAGUCGCCCCCGCCGCCGGCACCGUCUUCGCCGUCGCACUCCUGCUCUCCGGCUGUUCCGCCGGUAUCGUCUGCACCAUGGCCGGCCAGAUGAUCUCCGAGGGCCAGCUCGAAUGGAAAUGCAAACCCUGGCUCACCCGCCUCAUCACCCGGAGCAUUUCCAUCCUGCCCGCGAUCCUCGUCGCGGGACUCCUGGGGAGGGAUGGCCUCAGCGAGGCCCUGGUCGCGUCGCAGGUGGCGCUGAGCGCGAUCCUGCCGUUCGUUUCCGCCCCGGUGAUUUACUACACCUGUCGGAAUAAAUACAUGACCGUCACCACCACGAGACGCACUGGCUCGACGACCACGACGACCACGACGGAGGUGCACAAAGUGCUCAUGAGGAAUUCGUGGAUCACGGCGGGGUUCGCGGUGGCGAUCUGGUCGGUGAUCGUGAUCAUGAACGUGGCCAAUUUGGUCCUGGUGGGAUUGGGCGUGAAUUAG